AUGAACUUCAUUAUGUGUAAGAAUCCAGAAGCUGAGAACCCUGAAGUUUCUCUGGACACAACCCGGAAGAUUAGUGGAAAGUGGAGGGCGUGGAUGAACAACUCUUUGGCCUUAAUGCUUCCAUUACUCAAACAAAUUUCCCAUGGACAAUCAGCAACAAUCGACUAA